AUGGAGUCUGAGCUGUCACCUCUGAAGCAGGGCGGCUCCUUCAGCUUCCGAUGGGACACAUAUUGCAAAUGGGAGACAUCAAGUGCAUUUGUCGCAGAAACAUUGUUGAAUCUAGCAGCAAACAUGAGCGGACGAGGAAAAGGAGGAAAGGGUCUCGGUAAAGGAGGCGCUAAGCGUCACCGUAAAGUCCUCCGUGACAACAUCCAGGGAAUCACCAAACCCGCCAUCCGCCGUCUGGCUCGCCGCGGGGGGGUGAAGCGUAUCUCCGGUCUGAUCUACGAGGAGACCCGCGGUGUGCUGAAGGUCUUCCUGGAGAACGUGAUCCGUGAUGCCGUCACCUACACCGAGCACGCAAAGAGGAAGACGGUGACCGCCAUGGAUGUGGUGUACGCGCUCAAGAGACAGGGACGCACCCUGUACGGAUUCGGGGGUUAA